GCCUUUGCAGUUGGCUUUAUUGCUCCACGCAUAGCCUAUAAUUGGAUGCGCGACAGCUGCAAUUGUUUACAUUACUGCUGAGUUAAAAUUUAAUUACUUUUUCAAUUCAGAUUUAAAAAUGCAAAAAAAUGCGCUUGCGCGGCCGCAUUGCUUAUAAAUUUUUAACUUUAAUCGUUGCUGUUGUGAUUGGGUUACUAAUUUGUAUAGAUUACUUUACACCUGGUGCAAAAAAAGAUGAAUUCCUGACGCAGUUGCCACCACUGGAGAAAGACGUGUCAGAGGAGCAGGUGACUUACCCAAAUGAAGUGCCUGGCUUGAAUUUGAGUCGGCUAGUAAACUUAAAGGACUUUAAGUAUGAAAUGGCGAAUAAUGUGUGUCGCAAGUACGAUAAAGAACUGCUGGCUAUUAUAAUCAUCACAUCUUAUGCCGGUCACGAUGAGUUGCGCGCGGCCCAUCGGCAGGCCAUACCGCAGAGCAAACUGUCUGAAAUGGGCAUGCAGCGGGUCUUCUUGCUGGCUGCACUGCCACACACUGAAAAAUUUAUCACACAAAAACAGCUACUAGACGAACAGCAACGCUUUGGGGAUCUGUUGCAGGGCAACUUUCAAGAAGCUUAUCGCAACCUGAGUUACAAGCAUGUAAUGGGUCUACGUUGGGCUGCCACUGAUUGCAGCAGUGCCAAAUUUAUAAUCAAAAUUGAUGAUGAUAUUAUAUAUGAUGUCUUCCACUUUCGCCGCUACUUGGAAUCACUAGAAGUACAACAGCCGAAUUUAAUUGCUUCGUCUACAUAUUUAGCAGGCUAUGUACUCAACGCUAGAGCGCCCGUGCGCAACACCGCCAACAAAUGGUACGUUUCCAAGCAAGAAUGGCCUAAAGAUAUAUAUCCUGCUUAUCUCUCUGGCUGGCUAUAUAUUACCAAUCCGGCAACUGCUUUGCGACUGGUGAAAGAAGCACAGCAAACUCCAUUUUUCUGGAUUGAUGACACUUGGGUGACGGGAAUUUUGCGAGAAAAAUUAAAUCUACCUAUGCAACACUUAAAUGCGUGGUACUCAGCUAAUGCGGAGUUCAUUGACUGUUGCGUACGCGAUUUGAAACAGCAAAGCAGCUACGAAUGUGAAUAUUUUGUGGGGCCUAAUGGUGGUGAUUCCAUAAUGCUGAUCGAGUUUUUACAUAAUGUAGAAAAAUGCUAUUUUGAUGAGUGCAGUAAACGUCCUCCAGAAAAGUUACUGAAGAAGACUUGUAUCGGAAGUGCAAAGCAUAUAUUACCAGAUCAUGGUAAUGGGCAAGUGAAGCAAGUAGCUCUAAGAUGAUGAAACAGGCAUAGAGCCAUAAUAUGUAAGAGAAAAUGUGGUUACAUGUAUUUAAUUCCCAGUAUCUCAAAGGUUAAUGUCCAUUUUUUAUUUCAAAUACUCACUUUUAGCUUAAGACAUAGUUUAGAGCUUUUUAUACGCAUAAAGAAUAUCCAAUAUUUAUAUUUUUUAAUUUAUUUCAAUUUAAAUCUCAAGUUGUUUGUAUUUUAAUAAUCUUAAGAAUCAAGAAUCGUAAUUUCAUAGAACA